AUGGCUGGACCGGUGCUUCGCGGAUCCAGCGCAAGACCCCUCCGAGCUCGCCGUGGCCUUCCAAAGCUUGCUGCGCACUUCCCGCGCAGGCCAUUGGCUGGAGAUCAUGAAGAGCCGCGACUUGGAUCCAGGUGUGCAAGGAUACACCUCCGUCCUCACCUCGUCGCGCGGUAUGGCCACCGGAACGAUCCAGAAGCUGCUGAGAGAUGCUUUGCAGAGAUGCAGAAUGCAGGGGUGAAGGCGGAUGUGAAGUGCUACGGUGCCAUGAUCCGGACGCUCAGCUGGGCCAAUGAGAGCUUGAAGGCUUCCGCAGUCCUGCGAGAAGCCAAGGCCCUGCGGCUGGCGGACGGGACCAUGUACCACCAGGUGCUGGCGGCGCUGGCGAGAGCCAAGCAGCAUGACCAGGUCACGACGCUCUUUGAAGAGAUGGUUUCUGCGGGCAUCCAGCCAGGGCCAGCAGCGCUGUCCAGCUUGCGCGCGGCCACGGCCGGCAGCAAACGCGGAGAUUCUCCGCCAGUACAUCCCAGCCUUUGCGAACGUGACAGUUCUGCCGAAGAGGGGACAGAAGGUCCCAACCGGCUGCUACCCGGCUGGCUGGGUUGCAGACCGCCCUUGGCAGGAAAACCAGCCCUGCGAGAAGGCAUUGGCUAUGGCGCAACCUUAGAUGAUCCCUGGCCACCAGAGAAAGGCGCGUACUACAAGAUCUACGAGGAACUCUCGGAACGCACCAAGAGCCCGGAGUCCGAACCGGGCCGAACCUUCGGAGGGAGAGCCGAGCCAACGAAGAGGUGGCUCAAAACUCUUGAGCGGUCCACCCUUUCAGCCGCAGAGUUGUUGGACGGCUUUGCCUGGGCGGAGCGCAGCAACCUGCUGCGUUCGUCGCCCUCGAGCAUGCUCCGGCGGAAGCUGGACGGGGAUCUGGAAGUUUGGGUGCAUUUCUCUCCAGACUACUGGGCCAAGAAGAGGAAACCUGAGACGAGACCCAUGGAGGGGACUGGCCCCGCUUCUUCGAGCGUGUUGAGACCAGUCGACCCCGAAGCCUUUAACUUUACAAAGAUCAAUGAGCAGGAAGUGCUCAAAGACGCGCUGGAAGUGGGCAGCUGGUCGGUCUCCGUGUUGGCGUGUAUCUCUCCCUUGUGCUUUGGGCAUGUCCUCUUCGUCCCGGACCGCGCCAAGCUUCGGCCACAAGCCCUCACGACCGAGCUCAUCUCUUGCGGGCUGCAGCUGCUUACAGCAUCCAAGCGGAGUGACUUCCGGGUGGUCUUCAACUCCAUGUCUGGCUUUGCUUCGGUGAACCAUUUCCACUACCACGGCCUCUUCUUGGACCAUGCGGGCUUGAAGCGUUUGCCCGUGGAGUACAUGUCGCGCUCGCGCGUGGCCGGCGACCGCACAGAGGGUAAACUUUGCUGCGAACUGCUGGUGGAGAGCUGGUUUUGUCGAGGUCUCAUCCUCUCCGCGGGUGCCAAGGAAGGGGAGCCUCCUGAGGGUGCAGCCGAUUUGGAUGCCUUGACGGACUUUGCCGGACGGGUGGUGCAGUUCUUGCAGGAGAAGAACCUAGCGCACAACGUGAUGUUCGUGCCUUACCUUGGAGAGCGGAUCAAACCGCUCUUCGACCCCUACGAAGUACAAGACGUGCCUCCUCCCCGGGCGGCCUCGCCGGAGAUUUACAUCUUUCCACGGAAGCCCGAGGGUGACUGCCGCGAGGAGCGGACCGAGGACCCCGGCUUCAACGCGGCCAUUUGCGAGAUGUCGGGGCUGCUCUUCGCGCAUGACGAGCAGCGCUUCAACAGCUUCGAUGAGGAUCAGGUGGCCGAAAUCUUUAAGCAGGAUGUCUCAAUGGAUGGGCAUGACUUUGACGAUUUGAUUUGCAAAGUCGCCUGGAUGAUACCCUAA